GUUUUAUCGCCGGAAUAUUCCCAUCUUCGCUUGCUUCCUCCUUAAAGAUCGUCAAAUUGUAGAGCGAGAGAGAGAGAGAGAUUUCAAAACGAAAAAUCCAGAACAAGGGUUUGGCCAAUUUAGGGUAAUCCGUAAUCCUUGUGGGAGAGAGAUAGAGAGAGAGAACGAUAGAGAGGUUUCGAAAAGGAGGAAGAGACGAGUGUGAGAGAUUUAGAAGGAGAGAACGAGUGAUCUCCCCAGAGAAAAAAAGAGAGAUUUUUGUUGAGUGUCUUAGGGUUUCGAUUCUUCUCCAGAUCUACUACAUUAGUAGUCUCUUCUCAUGGAACGGAAGCUUGUGGUUUUGGGGAUUCCGUGGGAUAUUGAUUCCGAUGGGCUUAAGGAUUACAUGUCAAAAUUUGGUGACUUGGAGGAUUGUAUUGUCAUGAAGGAUCGAUCAACUGGAAGAUCUCGUGGGUUUGGAUAUGUCACUUUUGCUUCUGCUGAAGAUGCUAAGAACGCUUUGAAAGGUGAACACUUUUUAGGGAACAGGAUCUUGGAAGUAAAAGUGGCUACACCAAAGGAAGAGAUGAGACAGCCUGCAAAGAAGGUGACGAGGAUUUUCGUUGCUCGAAUCCCUUCAUCAGUCUCUGAAUCAGAUUUCAGAAGCCAUUUUGAGAGGUAUGGGGAAAUAACAGACUUAUACAUGCCUAAGGAUCACAACUCAAAGCAACACCGAGGAAUUGGUUUUAUCACAUUCGCUAGUGCUGAUUCAGUGGAGGAUCUGAUGGAAGACACUCAUGAUCUGGGAGGUACAACGGUUGCUGUUGAUCGGGCAACACCAAAGGAAGAUGACCAUCCGCCUAGGCCACAACCAGUGGCUAGAAUGUCGCGUCCACCUGUGGCUGUUGCAGGUGGAUUCGGAGCUCCAGGUGGUUAUGGAGCUUAUGAUGCUUAUAUUUCUGCAGCGACAAGAUACGCAGCGCUUGGUGCUCCUACUGUCUAUGAUAAUCCGGCCUCGUUUUACGGAAGAGGGGAACCAACCACAAGGGGAAUAGGAAACAAGAUUUUUGUUGGACGACUUCCUCAAGAAGCAUCUGUUGAAGAUCUACGCGAUUAUUUUGGUAGAUUUGGCCAUAUUCAAGAUGCUUAUAUUCCAAAGGACCCAAAAAGAAGUGGACAUAGAGGUUUUGGAUUUGUUACUUUUGCUGAAAAUGGUGUUGCAGAUCGUGUAGCCCGAAGAUCUCAUGAAAUUUGUGGACAAGAGGUAGCCAUAGAUUCAGCAACACCACUUGAUGACGCUGGACCUAGUGCCGGUGGAAGUUCGAUGCUAAGUUCUUCUCGUCCUGAAUAUUUUGGUGGUUAUGGAGGAGGUCCAAUGCGUACUUUUGGUCGAAUGUAUGGAGGCAUGAGUUUGGACGAUUGGGGAUAUGGAAUGCCGAACGCACGACCAUCAAGAUCAGACUGGAGGUACCGGCCAUACUAAAUGCACCAGACCAACAUAUCAUAGCUUUGGCCUUGUCAUUUGUAUAAACUCCAUCUGUCUGAUAGACUUAAAAAUCCUCAGGAUCUAUUUAACUGAAGCUUUUGUUUAUGUUUUACCCGGGAACCAGUGAACCUACUUUGUGAUGGUGUAAUAUGCAGACAAUUUAAAAAAGUUGGAAGAACAGAAAAAGCUUUACAAGAAAAAUUUGCAGUGUA